GUUUAAAGGAAUAUUUAAAAUUCAUAUGAUAUGAAUAUACGCCAUCUAUGUUUAUUUUUUUAUCUGAAUUCACGUAAAUGGAAAAUGUAAUAAAUGAUAAUUUUAAUCGGCAACGACUAUCCACCUUCUUUCAUGCUGAUAAUAGUAUAAAGGGAUCCAUUGACAGAAAUAUUUGUGAUCUUAUAGUUCUUAUUAAUAGUCUUUCAGAUUAUUAUACAACUUCAUCUUGUUCAGGGAGAAUUAGCAUAACAAAUAAUUCUAGUGGAAAACAAGGUCGUUUAAUCAACUCCUAUCACGAUCCGACACCCUCAGAUAAAAUCAUUGAGGAAUUAGUUACUGAUGGUGAUUUUUCUAUAUCAUUUGAACCAUUUAUUCUUCAUAUACAAUGUAGGAAUUUAGAAAAAGCAUCACAAUUGUUGUCUGUUGUUUUAAAUGAAGGAUUUAAAAAUUCUGGCUUGGUUAUAGGAAAAAGCAAAAAAAUUAAUCUGGCAAUCAGGAACACCUCAAGUAUACAUGUUCCAUUAAAUUACCAACUUGUGUCUAAUGAAUAUGUUAAAUACAUUGUUGAUAUUUUAAAUGAAGCAUUGAAAAAAAAUAAUGAUAAAUUAUACAAAUUCACAAAAUUUCUAACAGAUUAUUACAAUAAAUAAUUAAAUAUUUUAUUUAUUAUGUAAAUAUAUACAAUGCAUUUGUAAUUUGAGCAAAAAGUACCAAUUCUAAAUAUAUAAAUAU